AUGUUGCAGACCGAUGAGCACGUGAUGAUUUCAGCAAGGGAAAAUUUCCCAUGCUUCUUAUUCCGAGUCUUUCUUUUUAUCCUUUCACAAUUAUGCUUUCAAGCUCACACGCUAACAAAUCAUGCAAAUUUUGAAUUCGAGAAGUCAUUAUCAUCGUGCGAAAAACCAUGUUACAACGGUGUCUGCCUUAACAAGGCUUGUGUUUGUUCAAAAGGAUGGUACGGAACACAAUGUGAUCAUUGCUUCGGGCGGAUAAGGUUAUCGGAAAACACCAGCUCCAUAUCUGACGGGCCGCUCGAUUACAGCUCCUCUGCAAAAUGCACAUGGCUAAUUGAACCGGAAAAUAGCGCCACUCCACUCACAAUUCGAAUCAACAGCUUCUUCACAGAAUGCGGCUGGGAUUAUUUGUACAUUUAUGACGGAGAUAGUGUUUAUGGAAAACAGCUUGCAGCGUUAUGCGGAGAACAACCAACACAAGAAUUCACGGCGGCUUCUGGUAAAGCGCUGGUGCAUUUCUUCAGUGACUUAGCCAUGAAUUUAAACGGGUUCAAUGUUUCAUACGAGUCAAAUAGUUGUGCGUAUAAUUGUUCGAGUCAUGGAAGCUGUACGGCCGGAAAAUGUGUUUGUGAAGAUGGCUUCAAAGGUCAAUAUUGCGAGCACCAAGUAUGCAAGCUCAACGAGAAAUCCACCGAGAAUCCGUGUCACGAAGGUCAUUGUGUCGAUGGAAAAUGCGAGUGCCUUUCCACAAACGUCCAUGGGGAGACUUGCCAAACACCAAUCACAUCCUCCGUUUGGGAUCUGAUCCAUCCCUUCAACGACGCGCCAACUGGAAAAGCAUCUCAUGCCUCCAUCACUAUCGACGACACCAUUUGGAAUAUUGGUGGAGAGUAUUUUGAUGGUAGUGUGGAUCCAAAUAACAUCGACGUGUACAACGUGACGAGUCGAGAGUGGAGUAAAGUUGCAGUGUCCGGUGAUGUACCGACUCCCCGGUUUGAUCACACCGUUGUGAAAUAUAAGAACAAAAUCUACAUGUAUGGCGGAGUGACAAAGACUCGAAAACGUCAUGUAACAACACAAGCAGCAACGAACGAACUCUGGGUGUUUGACAUGACUACUAAAUCUUGGACAGAGCAAAAUCACAAAAAUGAGACUAUCAUCGCUGCUCCGUUCGCAGUUGCUGGUCACUCUGCACAUGUGAUAGGAUCUGAGAUGUUUGUGAUAUUUGGAUACAAUCCACUCUUUGGAUUUUUGCAUCAUGUGCAGAUCUAUAAUUUUGAAACCGAUGAAUGGAGUGUCGCCAACAUUAGUGAUCACGUCUAUGGUCGGUUCAAGCACACCGCAGUGGAGUACACCACGCCAUCCGGGUCAAUUGCUAUAUUAGUGUAUGGUGGUAGUAUGUGGAACAACACAAUAACUGACAGCCUCAUGCAAUUUGAUACGGCUGCCAAAAAGUGGACGAAUCUCCCUCAGUCCGGAGUGCAAUUAUAUCUUCACACGGCAGUUUAUCUCAAUGGAUUGAUGGUGGUUGUCGGUGGAAGAGGGGCGAACAUGACAGCGGGAAGCAAGAGUGAAUGCUUCUCAAAUAUGGUCCAGUCUUAUGACGUUGCUUGCAAACAAUGGUCGAAUAUGUCAAUGGCACCUGCAGAACUGAAACGAUAUGGUCAUGUUGCACAUGUAAUUGGACAGAAGAUGUAUUUGCUUGGCGGAUACGAUGGGAAAAUGAUGAAUGAUGUUUGGACGUUCAGCCCAGCUAGAUGUUCCUCUACAACUCGUCCAGAUGAAUGUCGUCUUGUCUCAGACGGAACAAAAUGCGUUUUCAUUGACAGCUCUUGUGUCCCAUUCGAUCCAACCGUCUCCUACAAAUCAACAUUUAACUCCGUCAUCAAGUCUUCAUCUCCAAAAAGUUUCGAUGAAUGCACUAACACUCCGUUGAGAUUAGCACUGAAGACAUGCGAAGAGCAAACCGAUUGUGUCUCGUGUGCAUCAAAAUCUGGGUGUGGUUGGUGUUCAUCUGGAGAACAAUGCCUGCCAAAUGAACAAGAAUGCGUUGAUGGACCGGGAAUGUUGACUUCUUGGGAGAAAUGUUCACAACACAAUAGUGUCGCUUCAAUGAGGCCAUGCAAUAUGGAGAACAAUUGUGGAAGUUGUCGGGUGUCGCCUCAUUGUACUUGGUACCCGAUUGACAAAUCGUCGCCGUGUGUUAGCAAGGAAGAUUUGAUUGCCGUUGUCUACGAGUAUGAGACAAAAUCCGUGCUCUCCGACCGUAGCAAGUUCCUCUCACCAUCCCACUUCCCCUCACUUAGCCGCUCGAUCUUCCGGAACACUUCGGAGUGCCCAAUGCCAUGUGCACAAAGAAACAACUGCAGUGACUGUACGGAACUUGACCAGUGCAUGUGGUGUCCGAGUACCAACCGAUGCAUCAACUUGGAGGCCUACACACUUUCCUUCGCAUAUGGACAGUGUCACUCUUGGGUGACUUCCGGCUCGGGAAACGUGCUUCGGAGAGUUUGUCAAGCAGAGUCAAGCAUCUGCGAGGAGCACAAAACUUGUGGAGAAUGUCAAAGAGACCCAGGUUGUGGAUGGCUCGCUGAUGAUUCAAAAACUGGAUUAGGUCUCUGUAUCCGUGGUGCUGCCACAGGACCAUUAGAAGGGAAACCAGAAAAUAGCACUUGGCAUUUCAUAGACUGUCCAGCGUGUCAAUGUAACGGACACUCCACAUGCAUCACUUCCGUUGGAUCAUUCCCUCCAGUAACUAUCGAAAAGUGCCAAAGCUGUCAGAAUAACACAAUCGGUGCUCACUGUGGAAGUUGUGCUCCAGGAUUCUAUGGAGAUGCAAGGAAUGGAGGAAUUUGUCAGAAGUGUGACUGCAAUGGACAAGCGGACAUGUGUGACCCACAAUCCGGCCAGUGCUACUGUCGCACGAAGGGUGUCACCGGAGAUCACUGUGAUAAGUGUGAAAUCAAGUAUCUUGGUACUCCCAGCAAAGGAACUCCGUGUUACUAUGAAUUGGCGGUGGACUUCAUUUUCACAUUCAAGUUGAAGGCUGACGAUAAGGACAACCACACGAGUGAAAUCUAUCUGUAUAGUGUUCCUUAUAAGAAGGACACCGACGUUACAUUCCAAAUCAGCUGUGAGUCACCAAAAGGAAACGCGCUUGUCGCAUUGAACAUGACGUCUUCUUAUAUGGAUGGCCUACCGGAGAGAACUCAGACUAUGAUGGUGGACACGAUAUGCGACUCCAAAGGAUUCCGUCGUGUCUAUGUGGCUUCUGAUAAAGGAUAUCCAUUCGGACCGGAUUCUAAUACAACUUUCUUUGUCCGCGUCUACAACUUCCAAACUCCAGUUCAAAUAGUUGUCAGUUUUGCACAAUCCCCUCCAAUAAAUUGGGUCCUGUUCUUUGUUAUAUUUGCUGCGUGCUUUAUUGUUCUACUAGUGGUUGCUGGUCUUUUAUGGAUGAUCAAAGUACGGAUAGAAGCAUAUCGGCGGAAUCAAAGACGAAUCGAUGAAAUUGAACAUAUGGCAUCUCGUCCUUUUGCGUCGACAAAAAUGGAGCUGAGCAUGCUGAGCCAAUUCUCGUCUGCCGGUGGUCCGACACCACUAUCCAUCGAACCCUGCCAUAACUAUCGUGCAGGAGUCUUCACGCUAGCUGUACGUCUUCCAACUGGCGGAAAAGGAGUGACGCCGAGUGGAACAUCCGGAUUAGCCGUCGCUUCUUCACUUUGUCUUCUGACUCCUCAACAAGUCGGUGUGUUACAAGCACAAGAGAACGGCGAGAGUAGUGGCGGGAGGAAAAGUAAUUUCCGAAACUUCUUGGCUACGAUGCGACAACGCCCGAACAAUUCAGAUUAA